UCACAGUGUCAUUGAGUCAAACACACACACAUACGCACGCAUCUCAAAGCUGCGGCCUGUCAGACAGACAGACGGAUAAUGAUGGCACCAAGAGCAGCAUCCGCUGUGAUCAUCCUGCUGUCCAUCACACCUGUGUCAGCAAUGUCGAAGUAUGAUCCUCAGUACUGUUACAUCCUGGACGCAUUUCUGCUGCUGUAUUGCAUCAUCAUCACUGCCUUCUUCGUGCGCGAGCGAUACAUCAAGAAGAAAAGCAUAGUGGAGCAAGACUCUUUGUAUCAGCCAAUUAACAAGAGCGGCCAGUCGACGUACGACAUACUGACACAGCGAUCGAAUGAAGAAGGUCGAGCUGGAGGGGGACGCAAGCGAGGAGACGACAGCACUUACACGCCUCUGCAGAAAAAGACGGACGACACGUACCGUGAGAUUGAAACGAAGGCAGGCCGCCGCCGUCCUGAUCAGGUUUAUCAGGGUUUGAGCUCCGUGACUAAAGACACGUAUGAUUCUCUGAACAUGCAGCCGAUUCACCCACCGCCACGUUAAAUGCUGAUUCUCCACAAACCGGCCAUCAGGAUCACAGUCCAGUGCAGAUUCAGCCACUUAACUCAUUCAUUCACUCUGUCUUUGAUUUCAGUCCAGUAGUUUUUUUUUUCUCCUACAGACUCCAGUGUUUAUUCUGUGUUUUUACAGUGACUGUGUUUAUCAUUUCUCCACUUUGUGAAUUAGGCUAUAGACUUUCAUAAUGAACCCAAAUUUUAAACGGCACACAUGUAAAGUAAAAAUCAUUAUAAAACCAAACGUUUAAACAUUGUGAGAUUCAACUAAUAAUUCUGUUCAAAUAAUAAUGCUAUUUGGUAACACUUUACAA